UCAAUCUUCGUCCUGCUAGCGGCUGGGGAGACACUGGGACCGGCAGGUUGCUCCUGUGAAAUCUGACGGCAAAUCGCCCCCACCCCCUCCCGUCUCCUCUUCACCAUCCUCCCCUUCUAUUUGGAAACAAAAGCCUUGCAGCAUGGGAAGUGACACUGGCUCCCAGACAUGCUGACAGUCGGAGGGACUCGGCACCUGGGCCAUGCACAACCGAGCACUACCAGAGGUCCAGUUUUACUUUAGCACGCUUGCACGGACACAAGGGCUUUUUGUAUUGUGCUUUUUAGCAGAAGAGACUGAUUAGUGCACCUGAAGUAUGGCAACUAUAGAAAGUGGAACGACUAUAACCAGCCGCCUGAAAAACCUGCUGCGCUCUCCCUCCAUCAAGCUGAGGAGACACAAAGCUGGCACCAAGAAAGAAGACCUAAGCAGCAAGGUGACGCUAGAGAAGGUUCUUGGUAUCACAGUAUCUGCUGGAAGAGGACUAUCAUGCGACCCAAAGACUGGCCUUGUUGCUUAUCCAGCCGGGUGUGUUGUCGUGUUGUUGAAUCCUCGGAAGAACAAACAGCAGCACAUCCUGAAUAGCUCAAGAAAAACCAUCACCGCUCUUGCCUUUUCCCCAGAUGGGAAGUUCUUGGUCACAGGAGAGAGUGGGCACAUGCCUGCAGUGCGGGUAUGGGACGUGGCGGAGCGCACCCAGGUAGCCGAACUCCAGGAACACAAAUAUGGUGUGGCCUGUGUGGCCUUCUCUCCAACCUCCAAAUACAUUGUAUCAGUCGGGUACCAGCAUGAUAUGAUUGUCAAUGUGUGGUCAUGGAAGAAAAAUGUAGUUGUGGCUGCAAACAAGGUUUCCAGCAAGGUGACAGCGGUCUCGUUCUCUGAAGACAGCAGUUACUUUGUGACUGCUGGCAACCGUCAUGUCAAAUUUUGGUACCUCGAUGAAGCAAAGUCCUCCAAGGUGAACUCAACCAUUCCCCUGCUGGGACGAUCGGGCUUAUUGGGCGAGCUCAGGAACAAUUUUUUCACUGACGUGGCAUGUGGCAAGAGCAAGAAAUCAAGCAGCACUUUCUGUAUUACUUCCUCAGGGCUUUUGUGUGAAUUUAAUGACCAGAGGCUACUGGACAAAUGGGUGGAGCUCAGGACAACUGUGGCAAACUGCAUCCUGGUAAACCAUGACUAUAUCUUUUGUGGCUGCGCUGAUGGCACCGUACGGAUCUUUAACCCCAACAACUUGCACUUUCUCAGCACUAUGCCAAAACCCCACUGCCUUGGUGUGGACAUUGCUACAGUUACUGAAGCAAGUCGACUUUUCUCCAGUGCUGCUGAUGCUAAGUACCCUGAUACCAUUGCUAUGACUUUCGACCCUACCAACCAGUGGCUCUCCUGCGUGUACAAUGAUCACAGCCUUUAUGUUUGGGAUGUCAAGGAUCUUAAGAAAGUGGGGAAGGUUUACUCUUCAUUGUACCAUUCCUCAUGUGUAUGGAGCAUUGAGAUCUACCCAGAGAUUAAAGAUAGCAACCAGGCCUGCCUUCCACCCAACUCCUUCAUUACAUGCUCCUCUGACAGUACAAUACGUCUAUGGAACAUGGAGACUUCCAACAUACAUGGCACUGCAUUGCAUCGGAAUAUCUUAAGUAAUGACUUGAUGAAAAUUAUCCUGAUUGAUGAUAACACCCAGGCCUUACUGGACACAGAGUACAACUCUGCUGGUCUAGGGGACAAGGCAGAUCACCAAGCUCUGGAUACCAAAGUUGGCAUUCGCUCUGUGUGUGUGAGUCCAAAUGGGCAGCAUUUGGCAUCUGGAGACCGAACUGGGACACUCAGGGUGCAUGAGCUGCAAAGCAUGACAGAACUCCUCAAAGUAGAAGCACAUGACUCUGAGAUCCUUUGUUUGGAGUAUUCCAAGCCAGAUACAGGACUUAAUCUGUUGGCUUCUGCCAGCCGUGACAGACUCAUCCACGUGCUGGAUGCCUCUAAGGAUUACAGCCUUCAGCAGACGUUGGAUGAUCACUCUUCGUCGAUCACUGCUGUGAAGUUUGCUGCAAAUGAUGGCAAAGUACAAAUGAUCAGCUGUGGCGCAGAUAAAAGCAUCUACUUUCGCACUGCUGACAAGGUAGGGGAUGCGGCGGUUCACUUUACUCGUACUCAUCAUAUUGUACGGAAAACUACUCUGUAUGACAUGGAUGUUGAUCCUAGCCUGAAAUAUGCUGCCAUAGGCUGUCAAGACCGGAAUAUAAGGAUCUUUAACAUUAGCAGUGGAAAGCAAAAAAAGUUGUACAAAGGAUCACAAAGUGAGGAUGGGACAUUAAUUAAAGUUCAAACAGACCCUUCAGGAUUGUAUAUUGCCACAAGCUGUUCUGACAAGAACUUGUCCAUCUUUGAUUUCUACUCUGGAGAGUGUGUGGCCACCAUGUUUGGGCACUCAGAGGUUGUAACCGGAAUGAAAUUUACCAAUGACUGCAAACACUUGAUAUCUGUGUCUGGCGACAGCUGCGUUUUCAUCUGGAGGCUGAGCUCAGAGAUGACCAUUAAUAUGCGCCAAAGAUUGGCUGAAGUCAGACAGCGUGGCAAGCAAGUGGAGAUGUCUGCAACUCACAAAACUCAAAAUGCAAGGCGAGAGACCAUUGCCGUUAUGUCUACAGCCCCUGUAAUGUCAUCAGACAGUGAUAAAGAAGGGGUUGAAGAUGGAAGUGACGAAGACACGGCAGGGUCUGAUAAGGCUUCCAGUGCCUCCAGUUCUUUUGGGAGAAGCAAUUCUUAUUGGGAGAUGGCAAGGGGUACAAACACAUCUUCAGAAAGAUCCAACUGCCUGAGUAAGAUGCCCAGACAACGUGUCCGUUGGUCCCAACCUGCUGGGAACAUUGAGAUGACUGUUAAGUCCAUGCUUGAUCUAAGACAACUGGAUUCCUUUGCCCCGUGCGAUGACAUCAUUGGCUUCCAGCCUAGCGAAGGGCUGGGAACAGAGUUUGUGGUUGCGGAUAAUUCAAGCAUCCAGGCACCUUUUGGUCCCAUAGGCAGUCGGUCUCGCCCUAGAGUUAUCCGGCUUAUGUCCUGUGAGGAAACCAUGUUCAAGCAGGAUGUGGAGACACCAGAAGGCAAAGAAUGUACCAUAUUCCCUGAAAUGGAGGAGGAUGAGUCUUUGGAAAGAUGCGGUGGAUUUGAGGUGAAAGGUUUGCCACUGCGGAGUUACCAUGACAAUGUUUGUCAAGAGAAGCACAGCCCUGACAGUGCCUGUUCUGUGGAUUAUAGCAGUCGCUUGUCUAGCCCUGAGCACCCCAAUGAAGAUUCUGAAAGCACAGAGCCCUUGAGUGUAGAUGCAAACUCUUCUGAUCUGGAAGAGCAGGUGGAAGCUGAGGAUCUGGAGCCAAACAGCCCAGUGAUGGAUGGGGAGAUCCCACAGACACCAGACCAGGAGAAGUUCCUUAAGCAGCAUUUUGGAAACCUCUCUGCUGGCAAUAUUCCAGGUGGACCUCUACUAACUUCAGAGAGGAAUGACUUCUCCAGCAUUUCCUCCCGCUUCCUUGCAAUGGCCGCACCCAGCAAAAAUCAACCAGUUGAAUCCUUGAUGUUUGAUUCAGAGUUCAGCCCUGCAUUAUUUCAGCCUUCAAUGGAGCAUCCCGCACUGAUCAAUAGAACCGAAAGUCAGCCCAAAAGUGCAAUUACGACUGAUCACGAUUUCACCAGCCCUCAAAAACUCAACUACUUUCAAAGGAAGAGAAAGCACCUUCAAGAAUAUGAGCAUAUAGGUAAAGGCGGGCCUUUUUCCUCAGUGAUGCAGAUACGGAAAACGCAAUCAGUUCAUGAUCUUGUAAAUGAAGGUAAUAAAACAACCGCCAAUGGAGGUAUUGUGAAAAUGCGUUCCCAAGUGCAGACAGCUGCCGAAAGAGAAGAGAAGGCCAUUCGCCGACGAACUUUGCCAUCCACUCUAAUAAAAGUGGAAAAUGUGGCCUCUGGUACACCCCAUUCAAAAGAUGGCAAAUUGGCUAAAGGAAGAUCCUACAUGAAUCCAACCACAAGCUCCAUGGCUAAAAUUUCUCGGAGUAUGUCUGUGGGAGAAAACCUAAAUAUUGAAGAGAAUCAGGACGCUUCUUUGAGUUUUGAUGGAAAAGGCAAUUGUGAACCUGAGAUAGGGGCUAUCCCCAGUUUUGUAGAGACUGAGAAGAACAGGCAAACUGCUAAAGAGACUGUCAUCAUCAAACCACAUUUGCAGCCUGUAGCAAACUGUUCCUCAACAAAGACUUUUCAGACCAAGAAUCGAGCACACCUCACUCUAGAUAUUGCUAAACCAUUGCCAGACCGACCCCUUCUGUCCUUUAAUAAAGGCAAAGGGGCACUGGAGAUGGAGUCUCCAAGGUCACCAGCAAGCAGCUGUAAAGUCAAAAGUUCCUUCUCAGAGUUCACUUGUAGGAAUGACAACCAGGCGUCUGGUGCUUUAGAAAAAACCAGCCCGUCAGAGGAUUAUGGCUGCAGUAAAAGCAAAGAAAAUGAUGUUAAGGCAAACUCUAAACCAAAUGUAUAUCAAGAACGAGUAGAGUUAUUUUCUGACAUGUUGAAACCCAUUCACAGAGGCAGAGCUUCUACCAUUGGCCAUACUCCAGACCAUCACUCAGGGCUUUGUCCUGAAGUUGAACCCAUCAGACCUAGAUCUCCCUCUCUUAAUGCAGCGCCAACACACAAUUCAGCAUCAUCUGUGAGUUUUGAGCAGUGUGAACUAAUUGCUUCGGAGCUGCAGGACAGUCUCCAGAAGGCUCUGAGUUUGUACAGAUCUGUGACCACUGCUGAUCCUUCAGCUAACAUGGAGCGCUGCAAGAUUGCAGGUCUAUUGACUGAAACCUUUGGUAUGGUGAAGCGAGAGCUUGAUUUCUUGAAAGAAGGAAAUAGCAGCCCUGGAACAGCAAUGACACCCCAGGAUGAGACUGGCUCUGACUUCACAGCACCCAACUUACAUGAAGAGCAUGGGACACGUCGCCUGGGUGAUGACAAAACACUUGCUCUUCUCCAGCAAUACUCUGAACUCUUGCUGCAAGCUGUGGAAAAGAGGAUGGACAAGAAGCUCUAAGCAGGAGCAGCAAGUCCUCGGAGUGCACAUCUCUGCUGGAGCCCUGCGAGCCAAAACGGACUCUUGACUAAAUUAAACACUAAAUCCAUGUUGAUGAUUUUAUUCUGUUACAGCAAUCUCUUCAAACCAGCAGUACUUACCACCUAGCAGACUGGCCCUGCUUCGGUCAGGACUGAUAUUUGUUCUGUUUCUGCUCCCAGUUGCUCGCAGAUGCACAGAACACUUUUUUUAAUUUAAUCUGUGAUCCUAAUAACAAAAGCAUUUAUCAAGUGUUUUUUAUUCGUUGCUAUAUAUUUUUAAAUUAUUGAUUUAGCUUUAACUGUUUGUGUUGGAUAUCUCGGCUUUUUUUCCCUGCAGAGGCAAUGCAUUUAUUUUCACAAGCGCCCACACUGUUGGCAGGGCCAGAUACCCGCAGCUUUGGCAGUGCAGGGAGCUUUAAGAACGCUAAGUCUUGGCAUCUCUGUUUAGGGAUGGUUUACAUUUUCUUAGCAUUGUAUUGUUGCUGCUUUCUUUUAUAUAUGUGUAUAUUUGUUAUUUCAUUGUUACAGUGUGUUAUUACCCUUUCCACAUACCUGAGGGGCUGUUGCAUUUCUCUGACGACCUUGUAUAAGAUGGCGGAAUCCAUUGGUUUCCUUCCCUUUGCUUCUAGAGAAACUUAACUUUGUUUCCAUGCAGGGGGUGAGGAUGUGCAAGUUGGCUUAUUUGAUACAUUUGUUAUUGCUGGGCCAACACGAAGUACAUUAAGGCUUUGCCAACUAAAUUCCAGUUAUCCAAACUGGUUUGCCUAUCCCCAAGUAUCAGCAUUUGUUGAACACCAGAGUUUUCAUACUGGUCUCGACCAUUUUCUUUAUUCGCAGCCAGUUCAUGUUUUUAUGUUAAAUGACAUACAAGUAUUAUUGCACAUUUUACCUGAACUCCAUUUCUGAUUCUUCCAAACAGUUAAGUGAGAAGUCAGAAUUUUGUUGCCCCCUGUCUUGUAUUCAUAAUGCUUACAUUAUAUACUGCUUGUGGUAUGGUAACAGUUAGUGCAUGGGCUUUGCUUGAAGAGCUGAGAAACAAGCUUACCAGUUCCAUGUUAGGAAAUGGGUAACCCCUUUGCCUUUGGAACCUGUAAACUUUUUUUUUAAAUGUUUUUAUAGAGCUUUUUCGCAGCCUCAGGUGAUCGAUCAAGCCAAGGACUUGGACAAUCCCUUUAAAAAAAAAUAUAAAGUAGGGUAAAAACUUGCUGUAACAUAGUUUGUGUGAUCUAUGCAGACAAAACGCACCUUUUAUUAUCCAAGAUUAUUUAGUAAGUGGUUUUUUAAGUGGUGCUUUUUAUAUUUUAUUUGAAUAAGAAUGCAAUGUUAUAUAUGAGAGGAUGGAUUUACUUUGGAAUGAAUACAAUUACUUGAACAGGCGAUAGUUUCAUUUUAAGAAAGUAAUGAGGCUGGUCCUCUAAUAGAACUUUGAUUUAAGGUUAACCCUGCACAUUUAAUCCUUGGCUGUUCUAAUCAAGGAACGAGUUAAUAACAUGGGUGUAUAUUGGCAGGUUACUGAUUUAAUAGGCUACCAGUAGGUUAGAAAGAUGUGCCCUAUCGCUUUCAAUACAAGUUUGCCGUAAACCUAAUCUCCAGCUUGUUGUUUGCCCUACUUUUAUUUUUCAAUAUUAUUGGCUGUUCUCUGUUCUGCUGUAGCUGCUCGCCAUUUACAUUUUAACUGUUCCAUUUCAGCAAGCAACAAGUUUACGACUGACCUGAUUUUUCAGGUAAUUCUGAGCCAUUUUUCUUGUAAAUAGUAAAUCUGCCCUGUCAUACAUAGAAACGGAAUGAGGUCAGAGUGUUAUUUGGGGCAGUCAGGUUUUUAUAUCCUUUUUUUACAGUGCGGUGUAGGCCACUGACCUAUUGCAAUGCAAUCUUUUGGCUUCCACUGCCUGAGGAACUAGUGAUGAGACAUCCAUGUUCUUAAUAAUAACAACGUAUAAUAAUAAUAACAACUUCUUAAUGAGUGGAGGCAAAUAUGCGGAGAACGGUUGCUCAGUGUACACCAUAAGCCCUUCAUACAAAUAAGGAAAACAGUCACUUUUAAAUCAAGCAUGAUGACUUAUGAAGACUUACAUUAUGGGAAGCAAUGUCAUGUGUUUAAGUAACACUGGGUAGAUCAUCUCUGGAAUUGCUUUACAAUAGGUUGCAGGCCUGUGGAGAUUGAUUUUUUUUUUUUUUUUUUUUUCUUUUUUUGAUAUUGAAGAACUGGCCAUUGUAAAUAGUGUAAGAUAAACCAUUUAAAGAUCUAUUGCUUGGCUCAAAGAUGGGUUUUUGAAGUCAUUGGUGCAUGAAGAAGAGAUGCAUGCUGACUUCCUCUAGAGAAUGCUUAUGUUGUAAGCAAGCUGCAUGCCAUGCGUUUGUCAUAAGUGCAACCAAUAUACUCCACCUUGCAACCAUUUGACCUUCACUGCUCUAUUAUAUGUCCUUUGUCUUUAACGGUCAAUUCAAAGUCACAUCUGUAGAUGCCACAGAGUGAAGCACCUGACUCCUGAAAAAAUAUUUUGAUACGUUACCUUUGUUACAGGAAAGGAUUUAAAAACACGAAAAAACUUUUUCUAACCAUUUGAAGCAACUCUUUUUAUGUUUGUGUUUUUGCACUGUGAUCUGCCCUCUCCACAUGUCUCUGGGAGGAGAGGCUCUUUUUUAUUCCUUUGUACUCCAUGUCUUAAUUUCAAUAAAAGUGUGGCUCUUUUUGAGUUUUAUUGAUAUAAAAA